CGUCGGAAGCAUUUCUGUGAAGCUCUCCUUCAUGGACGUUAUCUGACGAUCAAAAUACUGGAUUGAUGUUUGCCAAUUUGUCAGCCAUGAUGACCCAUGGGUUUAAGAGCAGUAAGCAAGACUUCACAUUCGGACCAUGGAAAGUCACUGCUGCAAAAACCCACAUUAUGAAAUCUAAGGACAUUGAACGGUUAGGGGAGGAGAUGCACAUGCCCUCGCUCCCAGAGAUGCUGUUUGGGGACAACGUUCUACGCAUCCAGCACACAGACGGCUAUGGCAUUGAGUUCAAUGCCAUCGAUGCCCUCAAGAGGGUCAACAACAUGCAUGACUCUGUGAAAGUGGCCUGUGCACAGGAAUGGCAAGAGAGCAGGGCUGAAUCUGAACACUCCAAGGAGGUAGUGAAACGCUACGACUGGACACACACCACAGUGACCUCAGUGAGUGGAUGUGGCUGUAUCCCCAGGGCUGAUUGUGAACACUCCAAGGAGGUAGUGAAACGCUACGACUGGACACACACCACAGUGACCUCAGUGAGUGGAUGUGGCUGUAUCCCCAGUGCUGAUUCUGAACACUCCAAGGAGGUAGUGAAACGCUACGACUGGACACACACCACAGUGACCUCAGUGAGUGGAUGUGGCUGUAUCCCCAGGGCUGAUUGUGAACACUCCAAGGAGGUAGUGAAACGCUACGACUGGACACACACCACAGUGACCUCAGUGAGUGGAUGUGGCUGUAUCCCCAGUGCUGAAUCUGAACUGAAAUGGGGAGGGGCCUACCUGAAUGUGUCUAAUGAGAAACUUUUAUAUUCGUGGCAAAAUAUUAUUUUUUUGCUAUGGUGUGCACUAAUGAAUACACACCUGCUAUUCCAUCAGGCGACAGAAACGUCGGAGCGCAUUGACAUGGAGAAGCUGAAGGCGCAAGAGCAGAUCAUGUUCUUCGACGACGUGCUUUUGUUUGAGGACGAGCUGCACGACCACGGAGUGUCAAUGAUCAGCGUCAAAAUAAGAGUGAUGCCCACCCGUUUCUUCCUGCUUCUGAGGUUCUUCCUGCGAGUGGAUGGAGUUCUGAUCCGGAUAAACGACACGCGGCUCUACCACGAGGCUGGAAAGAAUUACAUGAUCAGAGAGUAUAGUACUCGAGAAAGCAACAUUUCAGAAUUGCAGAACGUCCCUGCUGCUCUGUACACCGACCCCAAUGAGAUCUCCCAGCACUUAACCCUGAAACUGACUAAGUGUGAAAAGCUGGAGCUCCCUGAGACAGGCCCUCAGCCAGGGAACACAAUGGCCCUCCAGUGAUGGAGAGCAGGCUGGGCACUAUGACUGGACUUAAGAGGCCAACCAAGGAAGAGUUUACCCUCCCUCCCUUUCUUUUGUAUAAACUGAGAAAUGCACCUGCCUCCCUCCUCACAACAACAAAAAGUUAAUAGAACUUAAUUUUGGCAUGGUCAAGUGGCCUCUUAUUUUGAGUGUUAUUGCACAUUUCCUGUAUGUAAAUGUUUUGGUUGGAAAAUUGUGAUAAUUGCGUCUUCUCUAUUAGAACACCACAUAAUGGUUGUGUUGAAUUCUAUGUAACGUAGUCAGAUACUUGAAAGUUGUGCUAUGUUGAAUGCAUGCAGCGUUGGCUUGGAUAUCACAGAGAUGGCUACACUGAAAAAAAAUAUAAACACAUCAUGUAAAGUGUUGGUCCCAUGUUUCAUGAGCUAAAAUAAAAGAUCGCAGACAUUUUUCAUACGCA